CGCUCCUCCUGCGGCUGUCGCAUCGCAAUGGCCGUCCGACGCCAAAACAUAUCGCCUGCUGCGAACCUCUUGCGCAACUCCCGCCUCUUCUCCCUCCCGAACCCUUUGCCACGGCCCGAGCCCACUCGUUUCCAAAAUACAACAUCCAACACCGCGACCCUACCAUACCCUACGCAUCAGGCUAUUGCCACUACAAAGAGCUCGCUCGCCCGUGGUGACUGGGGAUUGAAGCGCCCUAUCCCUUCCAGAUCACGCAUUGUGCAGGCCAGCAACCCCGUGCUUAAGGUCACACAGCUAGAUACUAUCGAGCAUAUAACAGACUACGACUCUGCCGCUGACCAUGUACGGACACGAGAGAAAUGGGAGGAAAUGGAUAUCCCAAUCGUGAGGGGAAUGCAUGCAAUGCGUGACACUGGUCUAUUUGAUAGAAACACGGUUGAUGGCGCGUUCGAACUCCGGUCUGAUGUUACUUCCUACGAGAACAACGAGGGUCUGGACGAUCCUGGAGCUCAUUUCCAAAAGAUAAAAAGGAGCAUGGAAGCGACUCUCAGAGAGGAACAACGAGCCAAUCGGGCAAAAGCUAAGGAUCCGAAUGCUGCAGACGCUUCCUUUGUGCCCUUUGGUGCAUACGUGCCUGAUGCAGAACUUCGCAACGUUCGCCGGUGGAAGCAUGACGGGCCAUGGCUUCCCGGAAUGAGCUCGGCGGAAAUCAUGAAGUAUAUCACCAAAGAGCUUGAUCCACGAAAGAAGGAAUUUCACCGCAUCCUGGUUCACUAUGUCAAAAACGAUAUCUACACCGCCCGUAAUGAUGCAUUCAGGAAAAACGAAACCCUUCCUCUUGACGAGGCUGAGGCCGCUGCAAUGAUCCGUCAACAACAGCAGGAAUGGUCAAAAUUCACACAGGAGGACAUAGAUGCAGGAAUCAAGGAAUUACGGAAGGAAGCCGCACUCGACCCGCUCAAGUCAAAGCUCUUCCAGCAUCUCGUCGGCCCUUUCCUGCGGCUACCGACCUUCAAAUUCAAGGACGCUAGCUGGAGCCCGGAAAAUAAGAAGCAGGAAGUAUUGCAGAGAUUUGACGACUCAUCCGUUCCUCUCUCUACCCAUCCCUCUGCUGGUCUCGGUUACUUGCGCACCGCCUCCCAUAUGAUGAAUCACCCCAUUUUGGGACCCCAAGCAAAGAGGCAGCCAGUGACAGCCCGUGUUCUGCAACCACGCACGCUAUACAACUCCAAUGAGAAGCACGCGCGCCUUGGUAUCGGCGGCUUCGUCACCAACGACCCUGAAGCGUAUGUGGACGCCAAGCAAAUCAGCAGAAAAAUGUAUACCAGAAGAAGGGGCUCAAGCAAUGGCACCGACGUAUUCGAUGAGAUUACUUAUGGAGGCGCCAAGGUCGAACUCGUGCCGCAAUUUGCAUCCGUGGACAUCGAUGGACGCAUCCAUGUGGCCACCGAGCGUGCGUUCGGCGCCGAGGUCCUCGUCAAGCGUGGUCAUCUAAUGGAAAAGGCGCCCGUAGAGCCCAAAGCCAGCAAUCCUGAUUUGAUCGAAACUCUCACAGCUCAUGCGCGCAACGCUGGUACAACGCUGGGCGCGGACAGUGUCGAGGCGAAAAGCAUGCAGCGAAUGAUGCAAGAGUUGAACCAAAAUGCACCAAGGGACAACGCAAACCUCGCCCGGUAA